GCAGGAAGCUGCCCGCUGAUCACGCUGGUAACAGCUAACCACUGGCUUAGUCAAACCCGUUAAAGCUUAGCGUCAUCGUUACGUGCAACCGACUUGCCUGAUUUCUUCUUGAUUCCCUCCAAACUAGCUAACUCGCUUGCGGUCGCGUGUUCCCUAGCCGCCUUUAGUUGGCAGACGUGAACGUCCGCUCCGACCGCUGCCUUUGCUGGCUCCGCGUUCUGUCCACUCCGUAGCAGCUGUAACAGAGGUGCAGCCGUGGCGCCGUAACGCAGCUUGCCGCCGUUGCCGUGGUGGUAUUUGACGUAGGGUCCGAGGUCCGUGUGCUUGCUUAUGCUCCUGCGUGGCUCUGGCUGAUGGUGUCGAAUCGAGCCGUGUUGUUCGCGAGUGGCGGAGUGGUCUGCUCACCGAGCGAGAAGCGAGCUCCCUCUGUGCGCCGUCUCGCCGCUGUGGGGAGCUUCUUACAAAGUGGUGCCUCGGUGUGAAGUGGUGUUCCGUUUGUUGUACAUUACUUUGCUCGGGUUCAACUGCUUCGUUGGUUGAUUAGAUUUUGCCAGCAAACGAAAGGUUUUCCGGCAAAAGAGCUCUGGGUUUUUCGCAGGGGUUAUGUGUGAAUUUUUCCCGCUGCUGUUGGAAGUUAACGCGUGUGUUUUUUGUGUAUUAUCGAUGGUUCGCUUUCCAUUGGUGGGAACGAAUCUAGUAAGAAGAAGAGAAAAAUACGCACCCUUAUAGUACUAGUAGGAAUGCUGGGCGUUAUCGAUGGAGGACGAUUUCGGCGUAAUGCUACCGGCCGAAGUGUUUUCCCAUGUUCGUAGGUCAUAUUCACUUUGUCGAGUGUGUUCUGUGUACGUUUAGCAUUUCGUGAGUAGUACCAUUCGUCAAGCUAGUAUAGGCUGAUGAAGAAUCCUCGGUGAGCAGAAACGAGAGGGUGUAAAUCCGCACGGCAUUCUUAUGCACAACAGCCAACAACUGCGAAUGUUUGUAGAUGAAUGAGUGGGACUCUUUCUUGAGUGUUACGUCUAUGGAGUCAACGAUGUUUGGCAAAUUCGAUGCCAGGAACGGUUACAAGUGAAGCAGCGGACUGAUCAGCUAAAACAUGCGCCCAAAUAAAUAACAAUUAAUAAGCGACUAGACAACGUUACAGCUAGAAAUUCAUACACAGGCAAACAGAUCGAUCGACAGAAAUAAUAAGAGAAAAAUUUCAAAAAGAAAUGCUGAAAACACAGAACUGCUAGUGAUUGCAUUGUUCUUGGUUCUACCAUAUUGUCGCUCUACCGUGACCGACAAACUAUUGUUUUUUGGCAGUUUCAUAGUUGAUAUCGGAGUUUAGUUAAAUUCCACUAGUCUUCAUCGAUGUUUCAGUAGAGAAAACGGAGUUAACAUCAGCAGAACAGGAGCAGUGUCAUCAGGGGCAGAAAACAUGGGGUUGUCGCCACCCCAUUGUCCAUGUUGGCUGAGGCAUACAGGACAGUCGAUAGAGUCCUCAUCAUUGUUGGUGACCACAACUUGGAACGUAACUAUUGGAGCCGUAACUGACAACAUCCAAUAGGCCUUACACCAAUAGUGAUACUGUUUAAGACACGCGGUUGACACGGCGCCAGAUGAGAUAAUUCGCGCCGGCCAUUCCGUGGCACGAUUCAAUGUCGAAAAAAAGAGCAGAGUUCGCGUGUCAUUCGCUGAACAGCUGAGGAAAAGAUUUCGGCUGAGAAAGUGCUGUGUAAAUGCAGGCCUUUGGUGCUUAGUGCAGGAAACGUGUCUAUACAGGGGAGUAACACAAUCUCAAACAAAAAUCGACCAAGCAAGAACAUCAGAUAAACACGAACGUUCAAAACGGACUUGAUCUCAACGCAGAGCCAAACAGCGCGGAACAGGCUGGUGACGCACUGUCUUCGCUACCUGUUAGGUUAACUGUUACAGUAACAGAAAACAGCAUAGCUGCUCUAUCCUACAAGAGAGAGUUGUUCUUUUUGAUUAUUUUGUGGACCAAGUGUCGCCUGUUAAAAAGACCUAAGACCAAGACAAAACCUGGUAUUGCUUCACUAAGCUGCGAGUUUGUGUGGAGAAACCCGCUACUCGCGAACUCCAGUUGUCCAAAUCUUCGCAAUUCGUUGGACGGCGUCGAUAGGCCACGUGACAACAGCCAGUAACAGGCCCGCACCAAACGCUUCGAACCCACUUUGACGGACCCCGUCUAUACCACGGGAAGCGUCCCGCUAUGCACGAGACGUCACGGCGAACACGGCAAGCGCAUGCCGGCGGGCCAGUCACUACCACUGUAGACGAACUUGUUGACGUUGACAAAAGCAGCGUUUAUAACGUUGUAUUGACGACAAAAAGAGCUAUUAAGAAGCAGAACAGUGACGGGAGAAUCUGCGGCGUAAGGGCAGAGACCGCCAAAAAUAGAAACAGCAAGCCGCAUUUUGGCAAAAUUGUUAACAACUACCCCAACACCCAUAACAGCAACAACAAAAGUACCAACAUUAUAAGCAACGGCCGAUUCAUCCGUAGGAGCAGUAAAACGUGCAACGAAGGCAUUUUCAAUAUAAAAAAACACCCUAUUUCAUUCGUUGUCACUUAUUCGACGAAAGUUACAAUUGCCACAUAUAACAUUGAUGGCAGAUCACACUCCCAGGGUAAGCAAGUCGAAUCAGCGACCUCAUCGGUGAAGUCUUGAGCUGCAAGAGCGCAGGCCAGGCAAAGGGAGCUCGGCUCUCGAGUCCACUUCAUGAAGUCCCACAGACUAAAACCCGAGGUUGAAAGCGAUCUCGAAGUUGAAGACAAGUACGAUAACAAAAAGUCUCAUAGACAUAGAAAAGUUGCUACGAACGCAACGGACGUCACUGUUGUGGAAGUUCGGCAGCAGACAUUAGCACAAAUAUUACACAAAGAGGGAUCCCGGCUAUAAGGGCAGGCGCGAGAGUGACGUGAAGCAAGACGUCAAGCCAUUCUAAUCGAAGGAAGAAGACGAACAUCACGAAGUGCGGUCCUUAGCGGUAAGCGAAGCAAAAAAAGAAUUGGCUGCUGUGAACGCUGGCGAAUUCGGUGAGAAAUUUGUCAAGCCAUACCACUGCGGCGUAAUAACUAAUACGACUUUGACAACGAUUAGCCGUCGUAAUCUACAGUGUCACGGUGCAAGAACAGCGCUGCGUUACGGGGCCCACAGCCACCAACGACUGUGAAAUGCCCUAUAGAAAGCAAGAAGCCCAUCGGGCACUGGAGCUGUUAGAGGACUACCAUGCCAAGCUUUCAAGGCCCCAGGAUCGCCAGCUGCGUCAAGCUAUCGAGCGCGUAAUCCGAAUCUUCAAAUCCAAGCUUUUCCAGGCACUCCUCGAUAUCCAGGAGUUCUAUGAAACUACGUUACUGGAUGAGGGCAAGAGCUCCCACCAAAAGACCCACGAGACGCUAGAGGUCGCGCACCGUUGGGAGAACACAGAUUUACUCUACCCAUCGGCGCUUAUCGGAUCUGAGUUUAAGAAAAAGGAAUACUACGGGGGCGAAUGUCUGGACGAUGUCGAUGUUGAUCUCUGUAUCGGCGGUGUCGUGGGGGUCGGCGGUAGCGGAGGUGCCGGCGGCGGAGUUCUCAUUCCACUCGACCAUUCUUUGCCCCCUUCGCGUAACGCCACUCUUGCCCGGCUGUAUCAUUCCGCCAACCACGUACUGAGCCAUGGGGGACACCACCCGACUUCAGCCGACUCACCCGAUAAGGCGCAGAGUCCCAGCAUUCUUGGCAACGGAGAUGGCGAUCUCGACGAUCCUUCACAACGUUUCGGGGUUGGCGGAAGUACUGGUGUUGAUGAAGUUGUGGGCCCUCCCAGCUGUGGCACUUCAGGAGCAGGAGAUUGGGAGCUCGAGGAGAUUACGCUAGAGCGGGGCGGAGCGGGUCUGGGCUUCAGCAUCGCCGGUGGGACGGAUAAUCCGCACGUGGGAGAUGACCCCUCUAUCUAUAUCACUAAAAUUAUCGUCGGAGGAGCAGCCGCCGCCGAUGGCCGACUGCAGGUGAACGACAUCAUUCUACGGGUAAACGAUGUUGACCUAGUAGACGUACCACAUCGAGUCGCUGUCGAGGCCCUCAAACGGGCCGGUAACCAGGUAGUUCUUCUCGUCAAGCGGGAACGGAAAGAACCCCCUGGAAUCGUCGAGAUAGAGCUGCAGAAAGGUACACGAGGGCUGGGUUUUAGUAUCGCUGGUGGCGUAGGCAAUCAGCACAUCCCUGGCGAUAAUGGGAUUUACGUCACGAAAAUCAUGGAGGGCGGAGCCGCACACCUCGAUCGGCGCCUGCAGGUGGGCGAUAAGCUGCUAGCAGUUGGAGAUGUGCAGUUGGAGCAGGUGUCGCACGAGCAGGCGGUAGCCACCCUCAAAUCGACAGGGGAGCAUGUUCUACUGACUGUUGCCAAAACAUCGCACCAUCUCCCACCACCGCCACCUGUGCCCCCUGAUCUGGGCAACCUUGGCGGGGUAGGUGGCGUUGACGAGCUCAGCGACACAAAUGUUUCUUCAACGUCGAAAGCAGCAAGCGACGACGCUCCAGAGCCCGGAAGACGCACAAGGGAACCGCGCAGGAUGGGGCGCGGUCGAAGUCCUGAGGAUAUGAAUGGUAACAAAAAGCCAUCGAGUAGAUCUCGAUCGAAAUCUCGGGAUCGGAAUUCAAAUUCUGGGAGAGAUAGCCGUACAGUUGUCCUAAGUAAAGGGGCGACCGGCCUAGGCUUUAACAUCGUCGGAGGCGAGGACGGCGAAGGUAUAUUCAUUUCGUAUAUCCUCGGCGGUGGCGCCGCUGACCUCAGCGGACAGUUACGGCGCGGAGAUCAAAUCCUAGCGGUGAAUAGCAUCGACCUGCGUCAGGCCACGCACGAACAGGCUGCCCAGGCACUUAAAGGAGCAGGACACACCGUGUCUAUGACGGUGCAGUAUAGACCUGAUGAGUACAACAGAUUUGAAGCGAAAAUAAAUGAACUCCGGGAGCAAAUGCUGAACAAUUCAGGCGGCUGCGUGUCAGGGAGCAUCAGGACUUCCCAGAAGAGGUCGCUGUUCGUCAAAGCAUUGUUCGAUUACGAACCGCAGAGGGAUAGCGGUCUACCCUCCAGGGGGCUACCCUUCAGAUUUGGCGACAUUCUACACGUGACAAAUGCGAGUGAUGAUGAGUGGUGGCAGGCGCGGAGAGUUCUCCCGCCGGGACACGAGGAUUUUGUUGGGAUCAUCCCAUCCAAGAGGCGGGUUGAACGACGAGAGCGGGCCAGACUGAAGACUGUCAAAUUUCAGGGCGGAGGGUUAGGACACUACUCGGGUGGGUCUGGAGGAACGUUGGACAGAAAGAAAAAGAACUUUUCGUUCAGUCGCAAGUUCCCCUUCAUGAAGAGCCGGGAUGGCGCUGACGGACUGGACUUCGACGGCAGCCAUGACACCAGCAACCAGGACAGCGCGGCUGGAGUGUCUUCGGAUAGUGAAGCCUCGUCCGUAGGCUGUCGGGAACGUGGCGGGACCGGCGGAGAUACCGAGACCGUGCUCAGCUACGAACCUGUUGUGGAAACGCCGAUAAACUAUGUCCGGCCGGUUGUCAUUCUGGGUCCUCUCAAGGACAGAAUCAACGAUGACCUCAUUUCCGAGUUUCCUAAUAAUUUUGCUUCCUGUGUACCACACACCACACGUCCACAGCGCGACUAUGAAGUGGACGGACGCGACUAUCACUUUGUUACGUCCCGUGAGCAAAUGGAGCGCGACAUUCAAGCACACGCGUUCAUCGAGGCGGGCCAAUAUAACGACAACCUCUAUGGAACAUCGGUAGCGGCAGUGAGGCUGGUGGCUGAACAGCAACGGAAGCAUUGCAUACUCGACGUUUCGGCGAAUGCUAUUAAACGGUUACAGGCAGCCGGACUUGAACCUGUCGCCGUACUCAUUAAACCUAAAAAUGUUGAAGCAAUUCUCGAAAUGAAUCGACGGAUCUCUGAUGAACAAGCAACCAAACUUUACGAACGGGCGUUAAAGAUCGAGCACGAGUUCAGCGAAGUUUUAACAGCAAUUGUGACGGGCGAAACCGCUGACGAAGUCUACGAAAAGGUGCGACACGUCAUCGAGCUUCACUCGUCGCCUUCGGCUUGGCUGCCUUCUCCUCAUAAGCUAUAGUUUACGCUAUAGUAGCUGCCAUAGGGCUAGUGGGGAAGCAAAAAAAAAGAAGAAGCAAUUUAUGUUCGUUCACAGCUGGCUGCAGUGUCGCUAACCUGAAACAAAUAAAAAUUAAAUGGAAACGACCGAAAGGGAGUCCGAAUAACAAAAAUAUAUACGAAGAUACACAGCAACGCGAAAAAAGAGAAAUGGGGAAAGCAAUGGGCAAAAAUCUGAGGACAAUGUACCGGUGCUAUUGAAAGCAUCUUGAUGGCAGAGCUGGAAAUGAAAUGAAGAAUGCGUACGUCGUCGGCUUCAUCAGCUAAAAGCGAUGAUCAUUUUGAUUAAAUCUAAGGGAAGAUGACCGUGGACGAUGUAUAUGAUGGAAAUUAAAAAAUAAUAACUACUUUAGCAACAGUAGCAGUAAUGGUAAUACCGACAAUACUGCAACAUCGUAAAACCAUGAAAUAUAACUUUCUUUCCCCCUCCCCGACGACGAUCACCACAACGACACAGCCAUGAUUACAAACCAUCCGGUGUUAAUAAGCACCUAUUUUGCACACGUGCAUCUCGUUCCCAUGAUUGGGACGGCUGUAUGUGAAGGUCUUCAUAGAAACGAGAAGGUCCUGCCACAGAAAAACGGCUGGUGAUCACCGCGUAGCCAAAGGUCUUACCGCCUUCGGCGGACUAAAUUCAUUCAGCUGGCUGCACUCCGCAACAGAACGUGUGAGUUACGAAUACAACGACCACUCCCUAACCCUUCACCUGUACUACGCUUCCAGAUAUCGAUGCACCAACAGUGGUUUGUGAGCAAAAUCAUAGAUUAGGAGCGUAUAUCUUCCGAAAUACAAGGUAUCAAAAUAUGAGGAAGGAUGCAACAAGACAGGUGAAGAUCUUAGCGCGAAGCGACAUCGUGGGCGAUUUUGCCAACACAACGAUGCGGCUCAAGGAAGAAGUUUUUGCAACGUCACGACGGUCCUCACCACUGGCUCAAGUAACUGACAAGUACAUUUUGGCCAGGUCUUUUAAGGUCUAAGGCCUUCAACCUAUAGUGUACAUACAAUUAAGAACAUUAGUAUGCAUAGUACCACUGCUCAGAUGACUCCUUUUGACAUGACAAAAUGAGAAAAAAUUUGAUUUACUUAUAAUUGCUAGAUACUUCUCUGUUAUUCGCUUCCAUUGUAAAAAUUUGAAUUAAAUCGAUUGUCUGUAAGUGAUAAUACUACAGCGGAAAGAAGUGGCGAUUUGAAACAGCUGUUUUCAAGUAUGAUUAUAGUUACUGACUGUGGACGUUCAUUACUGCACCUGAAAAAUAUGCUGAUAUUAAAAAAAACACAAGGGGUACGCUAGAUUCUUAGUUGUACUGUUAACCGACUGCCGGCCCAGUGGCCGUCUGCUUCUCGGAUAGGAGGGCCGCCAGCACCACAUGUAGACAUACAUCGUGAGUAUAACACGAACAUUUUACAGAAAAUACAUGUAAUUCUCAUAAAUGACGAUGAUUUGAAAAUCAAGCGGAAAUGCUAGAAAACUUUUCAUUUCCAGACGGUUAAAGCUAGUCAAACACAGCGGUCCAGAGAAGUGGUUCAUAAGGCUAAAAAAGGCGACACAGCUACACGGACUAACAGAUUGUACUUUUCCUUCGCACCAAUUUCGUACAGAUUCGUGGGACUUUACCGAGCGGCUCGGGCUAUGAUAGAAACCAGAUACUACAAAAUGUUUCGCAGA